AUGUUGUUCACCAGCGCCGUCGCCAGUGCCUUCUUGAUUGCAAGCAGUCUUGCUGCUCCCCAUCCUAUCAAUGAACUCGGGCCCAUCAAAAUGUCUCCCCGCGAGUACUGGGCCUUUGCUAUUAAGCUCCGUGAUGACUCGGCAAAGGAGAAGCGUGCACCUGAAGCUGAUAUUGCUGCUCGUGAGUACUGGGCAUUUGCAAUCAAGCUCCGCGAUGGUGUCACUGCGAAACGCGCCAUUCUUGAGUCACAAUGUGAGCAAGCGGAGGAGGGCAUUUACUGCACCUACACAAGUGCAGAUAUUGAGGCAUAUGGCAGGGGCUCUAAGCUACAGGAAGGCUGCGUCACUACUGAUACAGGAGUGUCAUGUUUCUAUCCCGGAGCAACUCCUGAAGAUGCUGCGUCACAAUAA